CCGGAAGUGGGGGUGGGCGUGACAGACAAGUCCACGGUCAGAGCUCGGGGCGCGAGUCCAGGACUAGGCCGCUCGGUAUUUUCCAAGCCCAGUGCUCGCGGAGCGGGCGGGGUGCUGGCGGAGGAGGCGGCGUGUCCCGGAGAGGGUGCCGCCCUGCGGAGGCGCCUCCUGCGCUGCUGGAGGAAGGGGAGGAUGUGAGCGACCGAUCCGGACUCCCGAGACGAUGCUCGCCGUCCUGGGCGCGGCGGCCCUGGUGCUGCUGGCCCAGGCGCCGUGGGUGCUGCCCGAAGCCGCGGGUGGAGAAAAUCUGAGACCUCCUGAGAAUAUAGAUGUCUACAUUGUAGAUGACAACUACACCUUAAAGUGGAACAGCAGCGAAGAGUUGAUGGGCAGCGUGACCUUUUCAGCAGAGUAUCAGACAGAAGAGUUGGAGAACUGGUUAAAACUGCCUGAGUGUCAACAUAUUACGAGGACCGAAUGUGAAUUCUCUUUACUGGACUCAGAUGUUUAUGUCAACACAAAGUUUCAUGUAAGAGCAGAAAAAGGGAACAGCACUUCUCCGUGGAGUGAGAGCGAGUCAUUUAUUCCGUUUUACAGAGCUCACAUUGGCCCCCCAGGCGUCCAGUUAGAAGCCGAGGAUAAAGCUAUCCUAGUAAACAUCUCUCAUCCUGGACAAGGUGGGAACAUGUGGGCGAGGGAGAGUUUCAGCUUCAUGUACAAGAUAGUAAUCUGGCAGACAUCUUCAGAUGAGAAAAAAAUUAUUGAAACUACUUAUUACUCAGAAAAGAUACUAAAACUGUCACCGGAGACUACUUAUUGCUUGGAAGUGGAAGCGGUACACUCGUUGCUUCAGAAACACAGCAGAAGCGCCGUGCAGUGUAUCAACACCACAGUAACAAGUAAAAUGCCUACGCCAGAAAAUGUAGAGCUGGAUGCCCGGGGUGAGAGCUAUGUUCUGAAAUGGGACUACAACUCAUCUCUAAACGUGAGCUUCAGAGCGCAGUGGCUCCUUGGCUAUCUAAAAAGUAUUCCUGGAAGCUUUUCAGAUCAAUGGAGACCAAUACCUACCUGUGCAAAUGUCCAGACUACGUACUGUGUCUUCCCUCAAGAUACUUUCCACAUAACAACUUUCUUCCUCCGCGUACAAGCAUCACAUGGAAAUAACACAUCCUUUUGGUCUGAAGAGAAAUAUAUUAAUUCUCAAAAAUACACUACCAUCCCUCCUCCGGUCAUUGGCAUCACUCCCACUAGCGACUCAUUUCGUGUCUAUGUCACAUGUCAGGACAGUUCCAUCAGCAAAUGUCAUGGACUAAUUUAUGAAAUCAUUUUUUGGGAAAAUACUUCCAGUACUGAGAGAAGAAUGGAGAAAGAGAACCCGACGUUUACCAUCGUGAACCUGCAGCCACUGACUGUGUACUGUGUCCGAGCCAGGGUGCACUCCUUUGCCAGGUGGAAUAAGAGCAGCGAAUUCAGUGAUAAACUGUGUAAGAAAACAAAGCCAGGGAAUUCUUCCUUGACCUGGAUCAUCAUUGGAUUCGGCGCUGUGGUUUUUUCCGUCAUGGCCCUUUAUGCUGGGAAGUGCCUCCUGAAAUACCUCAGUAGUGUGUUCUUCCCUUCGCUGAAGCCUCCUCCCAGUAUCGAUGAGUUUCUCUCUGAACCACCUUCAAAAACCCUUCUACUUUUGACUGCCGAGGAGCACACAGAAAGAUGCUUCAUCGUUGAAAACACAGAUACGGUUGCUGUAGAAGAAAGCCAUCUCACCGAGGAAGAUCACAGAAAGUACAGUUCUCAGACCAGCCAGGACUCGGGGAACUAUUCUAACGAAGAGGAAAGUUCGGGCAGUGAAAGCAGCAGAGGGCUCAGGCCGUAGGACGGCUCCCGCCCACAGUGGGCUCAUGUGCAGAAUCCCUGUGGGAAUCCAUGGAGUACUACUUGCCCUCCUGGGACCUUGGAAGAGGGAGGGAGCAGGCGCAUCUUUAGACCCUAGUCCGGAGGACACAGCCAGGUCUCCACUGCUGACCCAGGCUGGCUGCCAUCUGAUGCAUCCAACUUGUCCUGCUCAUCUUGAAUAAGGCAGGCUUAACUAAGGUGGCUGCCAGUUUCUGCUGACAGACUAAACCCCUGGGUGCUGUUUUGUGCCACAGGUAUGGCUCACUGCUGCUGGAGCCAGCUGGUGGUUCUCUUGGUGUUCAUAUUCUACGAGACAUUUAAAACAUUCAGCUUUUAAUACUGCCAUAGUGUUCCAGAGGUACUGUUGUUUACACCAGCAUAAUUUACCACAGCACUGGCUUCUACCCAGAAGUCCCUGUAGUCACAGAGAAAGGGGACUCUAGUUAGAGGAGCCAGUGCUGUGUUUUCAGAUCUCAGCGUGGCCUGGGCACACAUGCUGCACUUUAGUACUUGAGUCACUAGAGCAUACCAUUUACAAAACAAAAAUAGAGUUGUUCAGCGAGAAAGAAGCUGGUGACUCUGAUGACAAAGGAAGACCGUGUGCCAUCGGUCUCUUUACAAACCCUAUGUUGGUUCUUUAGCUUUCUAGUGUUGCUUAUAAACCCAGCCAGACCUCUUUCCUCUGUCUGGUAGUGUUUAGGGACCCCUUCUCAGCAUGCACUUAAAAAAGCCAAAGUGUCAGAAAGCUAAGGUGAAGGAAGAGAGUUCGUUUGCUUACUACUGUGUGCAGGUGCCUAUGACUAACUUUAGAGAGGAGAGAGAGAUUAAGAUUAGAAUGAUGGAUCGCGCCCUCGGCUCCCAUUGCCCUCAGCAGUGCCAUUUUAAUGCCCUUGGCAGGACAGCCUACAAAGGAACAAGGUCUUUUAGGAUGUGGGGAAGGUGAGGUCCAGACAUUAAGUGGCACCAGCAAGGUCGUUUCAUUCCUCACAAGUGUGAGCACAGGUCUUCAGGGUGAGACCCAAGACAAACGCUUGGCGGCUGACGCAGGUGAGGGAGCCUUCCCUCAAGUUGUGCCCUCAGGCGAGUAAAGGCCAUCCUGCCCCGUGCUUCAUGGUCAUCUGCAUGCUACAAGCUGCUGCCUGUAAGGUGACAGGGUUUCCUUCGUUAGGAGUACUGUGUGGGGGUGGGGAGCUGGCUCAGUGGGUGCGCGUGCAUAGAGCCCACGUUCAGUCUCCAGCGCCCGCAUGCUCAUUCACAGCUGCCUGUAACUUCAGCUCAGAGGACGCAGCACCAGCUUCUGCUUGCCUCAGGCGCCAGGUGAGCACAAAGUGCACAAACACGUAGUAGGCAAGAUUGACACAUAAACGCUCUGCCUUCCCUAAAUAAAGAUCUUCAAAGUUCAUGCACACGAGGGCACCAGCAAACUGCCCGAGCGCCGUUUAUCACUAGCUCUUGGAGACGCCGAGCACCAGCUGAGGGUCAUGGGAAAGUGGUCUCAGGGAUGUGUGUGUACAGCUGUAAAUAGUAAGGCCCAUGGGCACAGCUCCACAGGUGAGCUGCCUGCAUCCGGUGGGUAUGCCACAAGGCACCUGUUACAGCAGCAUCUAAAAUAGUGUUCCAGAGGGGUGGGGAUUUAGCUCAGUGGUAGAGCGCUUGCCUAGCAAGCACAAGGCCCUGGGUUCAGUCCUCAGCUCUGGGAAAAAAAAAAAAAAAAAGAUAACAAAAUAGCGUUCCAGAAUAGAACCAUUUCAAUCCUGAGCAGGAGCCUAGAACCUACAAACAUUUCAUUUGAAACCAGGUCAGGCACAAUGCCUGCCGGGUCUCCUAGGCACAGCUGCCCAGGAAAGUGGGGCCAACCUAAGCAACAAAGCAAGGGCCUGUUGUAUGCGUGUGUGAAGUAUGGGGGCCGACAGGCUACAAGACUACAGAGAGCCUUGGCUCUUCUUGGGGCUCGGAGUGUCACAGACGCCUUCGCACCCCUCCUUACCUGUGGAGCUGGUGUGCAUCGUUGUUUAGUGUUUGUUUCCACUGUUGCAGCAGCUCUGCCAGCCGUGCCCUGCCCCGGGACAGCGCAGUGCAACACAGAGGUGCUCAGCAGCUGCUGAAGGAGUGACAUCCUAGGUCGAAGCAGGAGACCCUUCUGCUGUUUGUGAAAGAAAGUAGUCAUGUCCCUGUUUCUGUGUACCAAGUCUGUAUCUCCAUCCUUCUGGAUUUCUGUCUGGAGUCCGCACUUGUAAAAUGAUGACGUAACGAACACUGGGACCACAACUCUGGAUUUGGGGUGGUGCUGCCUUCCGCCUGGACUCCGUGUGUCUCAGGCGCUGCAGACAGCCCAGCACCCCGCAGAUGGCUGUGUAAGAGAGUCGGACAGGACUGUCACACUCUGGGUUCCUGGAUCCCAACUGCUGUUCCUUGCAAGCCUUUCUGCCACUCAUUCCUCAUAGUGGAAGGAAAUAAUAAAUUCAUCUCUAUCCUUUCUUGCGUAA